AUGGAACAAUAUUUGUUCUCGUCUGCCUUUGUUAUGGGUGCCAGUGCCACCACCUUACUUAUCAUCAUCUUCUCGUUCUUAUUUCACUCCAAUUCGAAACAAAAAGUUGCUUCUAUUGUCGGUCAUCCUCAUUCUCGAUCACCGCCAGGAUCACGUGGUUGGCCAUUCAUAGGAGAAACCUUGGACUAUCUAAGCAAGCUUAGAAAUGGAAACAUUAGAGAAUUUGUUGUGGAGAGGGCGAAGAAGUAUGGCUCGUCAAAUGUCUUCACCACGUCGAUAAUAGGGCAUCCCAUGACUAUCAUGUGUGGGGUUGAGGGUAACAAAUUACUUUUCCAUAACGAGAACAAGCUUGUGAAAGUUUGGUUCCCGUAUACGAUAGAAAAGAUCUUCGAAAAGACUCAUGUUUUUGUUUUAACCGAUUUUGAACUAAUGGCGUUGUUUAAAUACAUAGGUACAAUUGACAAUGUAAUGCAAUUAGAACUGAAGACGCAAUGGAAACCAAACAAGCCAGCUAUCGUACGUGAUCUUUCAGGAAGAUACACGAUUGGGGUGGCAUGCCGAUUAUUUCUGGGAUCAAGAGAUUCCAGCAUGAUCGAAAAGCUUGAAAAACCGGAGAAAGAUAUAGCUGCCGGAAUAAUUUCAAUUCCUAUAGAUUUUCCUGGAACAACAUUUAAUCGGGCAUUGAAAGCUGUGAAAAAAAUAACUACACUACUCGUGGAGGUGAUUAGGCAAAGGAAGGUCGAUCUUGCAAUUGGCAAUGCAUGUACAACGCAGGACAUACUCUCCGAGAUGGUCAAUGCGAUUGACGAGAAUGAUGAGUUGUUAAAAGAAGUUGACAUUGCGACUCAUCUAAUAGGUCUUAUCCACGGAGGAUAUGAUCCUAUAAGGUGUGGACUAACCUUCAUCGUAAAGUACUUGGCCGAGUUUCCACAAGUUUAUGAUCUAGUCUUUAGAGAGCAAAUGGAAGUGAAAAAGUCGAAAGAAGAAAAUGAAGCAUUGAAUUGGGAGGACUUGAAGAAAAUGAAAUAUUCAUGGAAUGUUGUGCAAGAAGUAUUUAGGUUAACACCGCCUAUACUUGGGACGUUUAGAGAGGUCAUCAAAGACUUCACAUUUGGGGGUUACACAAUUACUAAGGGAGACAAAAUACAUUGGACUACCUAUUACACUCAUUGGGACUCGACAUAUUUUCCAAGUCCUGAGAAGUUUGAUCCAUCGAGAUUUGAUGGAAAGGGGCCUCUACCUUUUUCGUAUGUACCUUUUGGGGGAGGACCUCAUAUGUGCCCAGGUAGUGACUAUGUAAAGAUGGUAACAUUGGUUUUUAUGCAUAAUAUUGUUAUGAAGUAUAAAUGGGAGCUAUUAGUUCCCAAUGAGAAAGUUGUGGUCGAUCCUCAUCCAAGGCCGACUCGUGGGCUUCCCAUUCGCCUUCUUCCACACCAGAUAUAA